AUGGAAUUCUGCACAGAACAGGCUUGUGAUGGGAUAGAGCUGCUGGAUCUGCUUUUCGAUAAGACCGAUGGCAUCUUGAGCCACGAGAACAUGAUAACUCAUAAUGACCAGCCUUGGCCGAUGCAAGACCCUAAUAUGAUGAUGCCAGCUCAGGGUAUUGAAGACUACUUCAGCGCCUUGCCGAGUGGGACUGACUCUGCGUCUGGCUCUCCAUUAUGGCCGCCUUCUCCAAGUGACAGUGGAAUAAGUGAGGAUCCACACUCUGACCAGAAUGACAGCCCUCCACCUCCUGGCAGUCCUCCUCUGGAUCCCUUCUAUGUGCCUCCACAAACACAUUAUGCUCCUGCGCCAAACACAGCUAUGACCAUCAAACCCGAUGGCUGGGAGUCUGAUAUUUUACUGGAAAAGCAUGCAGGGAUGCACCAAGUCUGCAAAGUACCCCCAGCUCAACAGGCCACCUCUUUCCCUCUCACCAUCAAGGAUCUGCUGCUCUCUGGUGCUCCAGAGCCUCCUCCACCAGCUUUACAGCAAUCUUGCCAGGAGCUGGUUCUCAAUGAAGAUGAGAAGAAGCUACUCGACAAGGAGGGAGUGACUUUACCAAGUCAACUUCCUCUUACCAAGUUUGAGGAGAGGAUUCUGAAGAAAAUCCGUCGCAAGAUCCGCAACAAGCAGUCAGCCCAGGAGAGCAGGAAGAAAAAGAAAGAAUACGUUGAUGGAUUGGAAAGCAGGAUGGCAGCUUGCAGUGUGGAGAACCAGGAGCUACAGAGAAAGGUCUUCCAGCUGGAGAAGUGUAACAUGUCUCUGAUGGAGCAACUGCGUCGGCUGCAGGCUAUGGUCAUGAAUGGAACUAACAAACCGGCUCAGACCAGGACCUGUGUGCUGGUACUGCUGCUGUCAUUCACUCUGAUUCUCCUGCCCAGCCUGAAGCCAUUCACCGACACCAAGGUCAGUCAGCCUGGAGACUUCGGCCCACUUAGAGUCCAGUCACGGUCAUUGCACAGUCUGCAUUCCUCUCGGGUGAUGCAUGCUCUUGAGCACCCUUACUCAGUGGCAGAGGAAUCCAAAUCUGUUCCUGGGUUUCCUGAUGAUGAAGGCAUGGAGGAGGUAACAUCUCUAAUGGAGAAACUUCAUCAGCUGCCAGGAUUGGCUGAUUACAACCUGGGACCUGAGAACACUAGCCUAGACCAGCAUGACGAUCAUUACCAUGGUGACCCCAUUACUGGGCAUAUAGCGACAGUCACUUUGAGCUCACGGCAUGGCACAAGGCUCCAACCACAUGCAGAUGACAUGUGA